AUGGACAAUAAUCAAUAUCGACAAAUUACAGGCAUAAUUGUUGGUUGUGGUAAUCGUGGUCAAAACUAUGCUCAAUAUGCUCGUCAUUUUCCCGAACGUUUUCGUUUAAUUGCUGUUGCUGAUCCACGACGAGUUGUACGUGAAAAAUUACAGAAACUUUAUUCACUUGAAGAUAAAUAUGUUUAUAAUGAUUGGCGUCGAUUAGCUGAUUCAAAUGUUGAACGUCUUGCUGAUUGUGCUGUAAUUUCAUUACCUGAUAAAGAACAUCAUGAAGCAGCAACACAACUAGCUAAAAAAGGUUAUCAUAUUCUAUUAGAAAAACCAAUGGCAACAAAACCUGAACAUUGUAAAGAAAUUGUUGAAGUUUGUAAAAGUAAUAAUGUAUUCCUAGCUGUUUGUCAUGUUUUACGAUAUUUACCAAUUGUGAAAAAAAUUAAAGAAUUAAUAGAUAAUAAUACUAUUGGUAAAGUUAUUUCAAUACAACAUAUUGAACCUGUUGGUUUUUGGCAUUUUGCUCAUUCAUUUGUACGUGGUAAUUGGCAUAAUGAAAAUGAUAGUUGCUUUUCAUUAUUAGCAAAAUGUUGUCAUGAUCUUGAUUUAAUUCAAUAUUGGAUGCAACCACGUCAAUGUACAAAUAUUUCAAGUUUUGGAAAAUUAAUGCAUUUUACCCCUGAAAAUAAACCAAAAGGGGCUAGUGAUCGAUGUUUGACUUGCUCAGUAGAAUCAACAUGUCCGUAUUCGGCAAAAAAAAUUUAUUUAGAAAAACCGAAUCGUGGAUGGCCAGUAGCAGUUGUUGUACCCGAUAUUGAAGAACAUGAAAGUUGGGAUGAUAUUAAAGUUAAAGUUAAAAAUGCAUUAGAAACUGGUCCAUACGGAAAAUGUGUUUAUGGUGAUUGUAAUAAUGAUGUUGUAGAUCAACAAGUGGUUAUAUUAAAUUUUGAUGAUGGAGCAACAGCAACUAUGCAAAUGGUUGCAUUUACUGAACAAAUAUGUCAACGUACAGCACGUAUAUUUGGUAGUCAUGGUGAAUUAACAUGGACAGGCGAAGAUACCUUAGUUCAUUAUGAUUUUCUUACACAAAAACGUAAAUUAUAUGAUGAAACUGAUCUUUCCAUUGCUGGUAUUAUGAGUGGUCACGGUGGUGCAGAUUUUUUUGCUAUGGAUUCAUUUGUACGUGCAGUAUCUUUGAAUAAGCCUGAAUUAAUUGGAACAGGACCUCAAGAUUCCUUAAAUAGUCAUUUAAUAGCUUUUGCUGCUGAAACAGCUCGAAAAGAAAAUCGUGUUUGCAACAUGAGUGAAUUUUUAUAA